AAAAAAUGCAAUUAGAAACAGGAAGGCAAAGGGGUCCUUUAAGAGGGCUGGUGGCCAUCAAAGUCACAGGGCCCCAUUGAGAGGCCCUUGUAUAAGCUGUGGGGCCCAUAUAUUAAGCAUAUACAAACAUUUAUUUUCAAACGUGAUGGGCCGCCAGACCUUGCAGCCCAGGAAAGGCACCAAAAGUUUCCAACCAGAAACUAAAAUGGAUCAAUGCCUAUUCUCUUCUGUCCAAUAUAGCCUUUAUAGUGAAUUGAUAACAAAAGAACAUGUUGCAACACAAGGGUAACGUUUAUUUAGGGCAGUCCAGUUGUAGCAGACAGGCUUUUGGGAAGUCCCAACCGAUUUAGCUCUUUAUGUUGGGCAGACGUGUCAGUAAGCUGCUGGAGGACAACAUGCCCUGUCCCUAUAUAUAGUCCAUAUACAAGUCUUCGCUUUCCUCAAGUCAAUGAAAAGGCUGUUCGGAGGGAACACUUCACGUUUAGAUUGACACUCUCACCUGCGAUGGUCAGUCACAGCUGAAAUGAGCCUUCUUGCAGACACGACUCUCUAUUCCCAUUGGAUGCCGAAUGUUUGAGCGGAUCGGAGGGUUGCGCGUGGCCCAUUGGAGAGAAGAGCGCCACCAAACCAGAGACGCGAACCUCGGAAUUCCAUAAGUUGCGAAGUUCGCAAGACCGAGGCCGAAAGGAUAAACAGCACGGACGUAAUAAAGCGCGCGCAUCUCAACCGAGGCCGACUAAAGCACAGUAAGUGCUGUGCAGUGCCACAAGGGAUUGCAAUGUCUGAUAGCAGCACUGGGUCAUCCAGUAACAGUUGGUCUCUGCUCUCCCCAGAGGAGGUUGCUGAAGACCCUGCUGCACCAGGGGACGAUGGAACAGAAAGUCUGGGAGAUGCACCCAGUAUUUCCGAGGAAAUAGCAGGGAGCUCUGUAGAGGUGAGGUUAAAUGACCCUGAAACUCAAUUGGCGGAGACCAUAUUGUCAGAGGAGGGUCGACAGGUCAGUGCAUCGCUGCCGAUUUGCCAGGAAACAGCCCCCGAAUUCUUCAAAGAGAUGGCAGGAACUGACUUCGCUGGCUUUGAACUCGAUCCUGACAUCCAUGCUCCGAUCAUCCAUGACACUAUCACCAGUUCUCCCCCUGAUAGUGACCUUUUGGGUGCUGUUCCCUUCAACAUCGCUUCAGAAUCGGCCUUCCAAUUUUCAGAGGAGUCAACCUAUGAUGAACCUACUGAAGAAGACAUUACUGAUGCCUUUCCCAGCCAGCAUGUUCCCCUUCAAGAAGGCCCCACCCCUGAACCAGAGACCAAAAUCACAUCCACUCCUAUACCAUUCAGAGAACUAAGCCCCUCCCAGGAUGUCCCUGUCUCUGAACCUACCGUAGACAUAAGCCCCACCCCUGAAAUCAUUGAUUUGCCUGCAAUCCCUAUACUUGACAUUCAAGCUGAAGUAUAUGCCUCCCCUGAAAGCCCACCUCUGGCUGAUACAGGAUUUGGUUCCACAGCAGAAAGGCCUGCUCAUGACAGCCCUUAUCCAGAAACCAUUGGCUCCGUUGAAACUGAGGAGGAGCCUUCCAUCGAGAAAGAGGAAAUGGAGCUGCCAAAGAAAAUUCCUGAUGUUUUGAGAGAGCCAGAAUCUCUUGGCGCUGAAAUUCCAGUGGGCAGCUCAGUAGAAGGUGAUGGUCUAAGGCUCAGACACGUGCAGCCCACCAUAGUGCUCAAGAGAAGCUCUGACGAGGAGGAGGAUGAGGAAGAAGAGGAGUUUAUCCUGCCCGAGAAGAAAGAGGCAAAACCAGGUUUCUCUAUGAACCAACUGAUAUUUGCAGCAUUUGUGCUGCUCUGUCUUGGAUCCUUCUUUUUCUCCGGUUCUGUGGUUGACCAGUCUGGUGAUGAUUUUGAUGGUUCAGAAUUAAGUGACCAGGAACUCCUGGAUAAAUUUGCUCAAGAGAAUAAACAAAUUAAUAUAUUGGAGGCCCAGAUAGAGUCGCAGAAAAAUGAGCUGGACAGUGCUUUGAAAAUGGCUGCAGAUGCACAUAGCACUGAGAAAGGUGUACUUAAAAAUGAGAACACUAAAUUAAAAGAACAACUGUCUGAACUGCCCGGCCUGAAAGAAGAACUACAGACACUGAGAGCACGAGUUGCUGAACUCGCCAAACUUACAGCCAGCGCCAGUAGCCUCGACCGUCCCAGAGCCAGCGCCAGUAGCCUCGACCGUCCCAGAGCCAGCACCUGUAGCCAUGACCGUCCAAGAGCCAGCGCAUCCCGAGCCUCCCAGGGCUCCGUCUCUCGAGCCUCCCAGGGCUCCGCCUCUCGAGCCACCCGAGCCUCCCAGGGCACCGCCUCUCGAGCCUCCCAGGGCUCCGCCUCUCGAGCCUCCAAGGGCUACGCCUCUCGAGCCUCCCAGGGCUCCGCCUCUCGAGCCACCCGAGCCUCCAAGUGCUCCGCCUCCCAGGGCUCCGCCACCCGAGCCUCCCAGGGCUCCGCCUCUCGAGCCUCCCAGGGCUCCGCCUCUCGAGCCACCCGAGCCUCCCAGGGCUCCGCCUCUCGAGCCUCCCAGGGCUCCGCCUCUCGAGCCACCCAAGCCUUCCAGGGCUCCGCCUCUCGAGCCACCCGAGCCUCCCAGGGCUCCGCCUCUCGAGCCACCCGAGCCUCCCAGGGCUCCGCCUCCCAGGGCUCCGCCUCUCGAGCCUCCCAGGGCUCCGCCUCUCGAGCCACCCGAGCCUCCAAGUGCUCCGCCUCCCAGGGCUCCGCCUCUCGAGCCUCCCAGGGCUCCGCCUCUCGAGCCACCCGAGCCUCCCAGGGCUCCGCCUCUCGAGCCUCCCAGGGCUCCGCCUCUCGAGCCUCCCAGGGCUCCGCCUCUCCAGCCACCCGACCCUCCAAGUGCUCCGCCUCCCAGGGCUCCGCCACCCGAGCCUCCCAGGGCUCCGCCUCUCGAGCCACCCGAGCCUCCCAGGGCUCCGCCUCUCGAGCCUCCCAGGGCUCCGCCUCUCGAGCCACCCGAGCCUCCCAGGGCUCCGCCUCUCGAGCCACCCGAGCCUCCCAGGGCUCCGCCUCUCGAGCCACCCGAGCCUCCCAGGGCUCCGCCUCUCGAGCCUCCCAGGGCUCCGCCUCUCGAGCCUCCCAGGGCUCCGCCUCUCAAGCCACCCGAGCCUCCCAGGGCUCCGCCUCUCGAGCCACCCGAGCCUCCCAGGGCUCCGCCUCUUGAGCCUCCCAGGGCUCCGCCUCUCGAGCCACCCGACCCUCCAAGUGCUCAGCCUCCCAGGGCUCCGCCACCCGAGCCUCCCAUGGGUCCGCCUCUCGAGCCACCCGAGCCUCCCAGGGCUCCGCCUCUCAA